ACUGUUUUUGUUUCAAACCGGGGGACAUGUCGUAACCCAGUACGACAAUAAAGGAUCCACAAACAUCCAAAUUCGCAGUAUAUGCCUUUCCGGAUCAGGUCACGUUGUCCAGUUUGCGUUCGGACUCCAAGUCCCAGUAAUGUCGGCAGCUUCGCGGAUAACUUUGGGCCUGGCAGUCACCGUUUCCACCGCCAUCAUAGGUUAUGUGCACUAUAAACAAUCUGCUGACCGGUUAAAACUCCACGAUGGUGUUCUGCGGGAUGUGGAGCGUCAGCAGCGACGGAAACACGAAAACACCUAUACGCUGCAGCAACAGAUUGACAUGACCAAGCAACUGAGGGCCAGGGAGGCUUCCACCUCCAAUGUGUCUUCGUCAUCCAAUACCACAAAUGCAUCUACCACUCCCCUGCCACCCACCCAAACACCAUCACGCAAGAGCAUCCAGCUGGAGUCUGAUGCCACAAAAGGUGUACUACCAAAGGCGAAGCUUCCUAAAAGCCAGGAUCCGCCUCACCAGCUGUCAGGGGCAGGAGAGGAAUCCGAAGCACCAGCAGAAGCUAUUCCACAGACGGAGGACGAGACAGCCAACGAUAAUGUCAAGACGAGCACUGAAGAUGUCUGAUUCUGGGAAAGACUACCCAAAAUUUGUAACACAGCUGGAGCUGGAGAAUCCCAUUUCAUCUGAAAUGCAAACCCAAAUCUAGAUCAUGGUCUGGCGAUUAAAAUAUUGCAUUUGU